AUGGCCUCCACAGUACAGCGGGGGCCCGGCGGCAGCGUGAUCUACAGGGCGGCCGAGCACCUGGAUAUACCGAAUUUGGACCUCCUCACAGCGCUCUUCGACUCGAAAUUGUGCGAAGCCGACGACCAGAUCAUCGUCUCCGCCGACGCCGCCGACCCGCAGCACAAGCACCUGACCAGAGGCCGCACGAGGGAGCUAACCACACAGCUCGCACACGCCCUGAGACAUACCUACGGCAUCGGGCGGCAAGGACGCAGCAAGGACGUCGUCCUCGUCAUGGCCCUAGGUCACUACAUGCUACCGACACUCUUCUACUCGACCGUCGCCGCGGGCGGGAUCUACAGCGCCCCCAGCCCUUCGUCAACGGCGAGCGAGCUGGCAUACCUGGUGGGGCUGGUCGAGCCCACGGUGAUUAUAUGCGACGAGAACACGCAGGCCGUGACGGAGGAGGCGGUGCGCAAGCUCAAGUUCCCCACGGAGCGCUUGCUGGUCCUGGGCGGCGACCCAGGGCUUGAACUGAAGGUGCAGGGGAGCGGGAGGAGGCUGGAGCUAUCGCCUUCCAGGACGCUGCGGUGGGAGCGCAUCUCCGAUCCGAAGGAAUUGGAAAACACCGUCAUCUGUAUCUUGUUCUCCAGCGGGACGACCGGCCUGCCCAAGGGUGUCAAGCUGAGCCAUUCGAUGUUGUUUUCUGAGGCGUAUGUAAAUAUGGAGCCGGCCAAAGAGUGGGUGGCACGCGAACAGCCGGGACUCAAAUAUAUCACGCUGGCACACCUGCCAGCCGCGCACAUCGCAGGUGUCCAGGGGUACCUGGUUAACGUCCUGUACCGCGGUGGCACGAUCUAUUGGAUGCCGAAGUUCGACUUCCCAAAGUUCAUCGAGUACAUGAAGCGGUAUAAGAUCACGAAUUUCUUCAGCGUCCCGCCGAUCUACCUCGCUCUUGCGAAACACCCUGGUAUCACGGACCAGUUCGACACGAUUGAUCACGCAUUUAGUGGAGCUGCGCCCUUGGGCUUACAGAUCCAAAUCGAGGCGGCGAAGAAGAUGGGCAAGGGACAGGCAAGGUUGACGCAGGUCUGGGGGUUGACCGAGACGACUGGUGCUAUCACUGCUAUGCCGCCUGGCCAGACCGAAAUGACCGGGAGUGUCAGCCCGCUCGUCGCAAACCAUGAGGCGCGAAUCGUGGAUGACGAAGGAAAGGACGUCGAGCCCGGUGAGAGGGGCGAGAUAUGGGUCAGGGGGCCCGUAGUAACGAAAGGGUAUUGGAGGAACGCGAAAGCGGAUGCCGAGAGCUUUGUUGAUGGGUGGUUCUGCACGGGCGACAUUGGUUUGUUCAAGGAUGGCAUGUUCUAUAUCGUCGACCGGAAGAAGGAACUCAUCAAGUACAAGGGUAUGCAGGUCGCCCCAGCAGAGCUUGAGGCCACGCUUCUGUCACAUCCGAAGAUUGUAGAUGCAGCCGUGAUUGGAGUCGAGAAAGACGGUACCGAGGUGCCACGGGCAUAUGUGGUGCCGGGCUCUAAGGAUCUCACAAGCGAUCAGAUCGCCGCUUGGGUGGACGAGAAGGUCGCGAACCACAAGAAGCUGCGAGGUGGCGUCGUGCUGGUAGAUGCUAUCCCCAAGAGUCCUGCGGGCAAGAUAUUGCGCAAGAUUCUACGUGAUAAGGCGAAGGCCGAGAAGCCGUUAGCUAGGCUAAAGCAGCCAACUGGUGACUCCCAAUCGACAAUCGCAGGGUAUGAAUUGUACCGGAUUAGCUCAUCUGAGAAGAAUCGUAAAUACGGCGAUGUCGGUCAAGGCGCAGGAGACUGGGUGUCCAAGCAAGAGAGACUCAACGCGUUCACCGUUGAUCAGAAUCGGACGUCGAAGCUCGUGCCGCUGACGGACGCCACGUGCCCCGUAUAUGCACACCUGCGAUGCAGUAGCAGAUGGAAGAUGGACGGUCACACAGCAGUCGCAGAGGUGACAUCUGCAGAGACCGGCUUGAAGCUUCUGUACUGUACCCUCUGGGUGGUCAGCCCUGGAACGCCUGCCGACGAGGUGUCGUCCCAGGUUGAUGAGGUGUCGCCUAUUUCCGCACACAACGUCUUGGAGCCACCAGUGAGCUGGAUCUGUUGCUUGAGCAAACAUCUGGAGGAAGCCCUCUGA